ACAGGCAGGCAGACAGGCAGACAGAGAGACAGACAGACAGAGAGACAGGCAGACAGGCAGACAGACAGGCAGGCAGACAGACAGGCAGACAGACAGACGGACAGUCUGAUGCCAACUGUCUCCACUGUCAAUCUCACGGCACCACUCCUCCUCCUGUUGCUAUGGGCAACCCAUCCCACCAUGGCAACCAACUGGCUCUCCCUGGCGAGGCUGCCUCGCUCCAGGCCCGUGUCCGGUGCUGCCCCAUGUGCGCGGCUGAGGGGGCUGACCCCAGGGCAGGUGGGGGUGUGCAGGGCGCGAGGGGAGGUCAUGGAGUCCGUACGCAAGGCAGCCGAGAUGGUCAUAGAAGAGUGCCAGCACCAGUUCAGGAAUCGCCGCUGGAACUGUUCCACCACUGCACGUGGGAUCAACGUAUUUGGCAGAGUCAUGAACCAAGGGACUCGUGAGGCGGCCUUUGUGCACGCUCUGUCCUCAGCAGCGGUGGCCGUGGCUGUGACCCGGGCCUGCACCCGCGGGGAGCUGGAGAGGUGCGGCUGUGACAGGAAGGUCAGAGGGGUCAGCCCCGAGGGCUUCCAGUGGUCCGGCUGCAGUGACAACCUGUCGUACGGCGUGGCUUUCUCCCAAACAUUUGUGGAUGAACCAGAACGAGCCAAAGGGCUGUCGGCGGGGCGACCACUCAUGAACCUCCACAACAACGAGGCCGGCCGAAAGGCCAUCCUUCACAACAUGCAGGUGGAGUGUAAGUGUCAUGGCGUCUCCGGCUCCUGUGAGUUGAGGACCUGCUGGAAGGUUAUGCCUCCUUUCAGGCGCGUCGGCGUUGUGCUCAAGGAGCGCUUUGACGGAGCCACAGAGGUUCGCCUGACUCGUAUAGGAUCCAGGACAGCCCUGCUCCCCCGUGACCCGCAGGUCAAACCCCCUGCUGCCAGAGACCUCCUGUACCUUGCACCCUCUCCAGAUUUCUGCCAUCUCGACCCUGACAACGGUAUCCCCGGCACUGCUGGUCGGAGAUGUAACGGAACCUCUCGGCUGGCACCGGACGGCUGCGAGCUGGUGUGCUGCGGGCCGGGCUACAGAGCGGGCCGGGCCGAGGUGGUGCAGCGCUGCUCCUGCAAGUUCUCCUGGUGCUGCUCAGUCCGCUGCCAGCAGUGCAAGAACACAGUCACCAUUCACACGUGCAGAGUCUGAGAGCGAGCGAGCGGAAAGAUCCGAACAAACCACUCGACAGACACUCAUGAACACAAGACGGGACGAGGACAACAUAGACGAUAACACACCUAACUCACACCUUUAGCACCACGUUAUCUUAAGUUCUGGUCUUCAUGUAACUCACUUUCCGACUGGAGCAGUUUGAGGAGUCUGUGGUCAAAGCUGCAAAGUUAGAGCACAUGUAAAAACAAAUCUAAGAACAAAAUCACAAAGCAUCAAAAGUAAGUAAGGUAUAUAUAAACACACACACACACACACACACACACUCUACAGUUAGUCUCACGUUGAACUGACAAAGCGUUUAAAGCUGAUCUUAACCACGACUAACAGGGAACCUUUGCAGCACUAUUCUUUAUUAUUUGUAUGCAUCAUAGACUAGCAGGUCUCUGAACAUGUACUGUAUUUAUGUCUUCUCUAUUCUGCUUUAUUUAUUUGUAUAUCUGAGUCUUUGCUUUAAUUCAGCGACAUCUUAAAUAGCAAAUCCACUUACAUCAGUGUCUGUCUUGUGUGUUGCCCCCCACCUUCAUGUGACUCCUCUGUGUGU